UUCUUUCCACACCUCCUCAAUUGUUCCCAUAAACCGAGUGACAAAGUCCCAAGUGCUACCACAGAACUCCAGACAGGGUGUGAUGAGGACUGUCCUGUAGCCUAGAGGCACAUUUACCUGAACCUCACCCAACGCUAGAAGCCUACAAGCUCCACUCCAAGGAUCUCUAAAGUCAGGCAGAAGACUCUGUCAUUUCCUUUCACUCCGCACGGACACCACUGUCUUCUCUUUCUGCACUUCUUCUAUAACCUGCACCUUUCUGUUCUUCUGUAACCAUGGAGAAGGUCCAGCACAUAACACGCUCGGCCAUGAGGAGGGCCUCAAACAUUGAGGUCAACCCACAGACCCGUCAAAAUCUUCAGGAGCUCUUUGUCAAUUUCUCAUUAAUUCUCAUAUGCCUGCUUCUUAUUUGUAUCAUUGUGAUGCUCCUCUGAUGGAAUCCAUGGAACAUCACAGCACAAAAAGACAGACUUUACAAAGCCCGUAGGAGAAGGUCUCCAUGCUAUUCAUACCGCUGUAAAGAUGUGACAUUCUGUUUAUCAGCUUGCACAAUGGGUAGUCUAUCAGCUUUGUAUAUCCUGCAUGACCGCUAAGGGGCUUCAUUUAUACAUGUGAAAUGCAUUUAUGCAAUUGCCCAAGGGAGACAAAAAAGAUGUUGCUUUUCCAGCCAGUUAACCCUGAGUUGGGGCAGUUGAGGACAGCCAGAUUUUAUUCAUGAAUGCAGGUAUAAUACAAAGUAGCAUCUGUUAUGCACAGCUCUGUGAUAUUAGUUAUUGCUUAUGUAUGAGGUGAUCAUAUUCAUGGUAUGAGGAAAAAAAUAAAAGCAUUUUCACUCACAGGCACAUUGGCAAUUAUCACUGGUAUUCAGCAGAAUUCAGUUCUUUACGAUUUCAGAAUAAACCCUUCUUUCAACGCG